CCAACAUCUGCCUAUCGAUUCGAUCACUCUGGCAAAGUAAUUAAUAUUUUCAAUCAAGCAAUAGGUGUCAUUUUCGUGGUCGGCCUUAGUAUCUGUGUAAUUGAUGCGUGCUAUCGACUCGGCAUGUAUCAUGUAUGGCGUAUAACCCUACAGAUUGCCUUUUAAUUGCUUUAUCUGCGUCCGGCGGUGUGCAGUUUAUACUUGUAGAUGAAGAAAACAAAAAAUGAUUAAUCGAAUGAAACUAACAGUAAAUAAAACACUCUAAAUUAUCUGUACAUCCACCCUCCCUUUCGUCUAAAUUGUGUUUAUAAAUAUCUGUCACGGUUACGUGGAUUCAUUCAAAAUGUAUAGAUAAAAGAACAUGUCUCUGUCAGAAACAGUGUUUAUCGAAUAAUCUAUGCACGCCGCUUGUACAUAGCAUCGAUAAAACAAUGUCCACCGUCAGGCAGCACAAAUACGCCAGUUGCAUACAAACAGCUGCCGACAGUAGCACAGAUCACGAUGAACGCAGCAACGACCUUGCUCGUUCUGCUUGCUUACCUGACGGGGACGGAAGCUGCGAAACCGGAACGGGUGAGUUUACUGUACAAUCUAGCGACCAUUUUAUUACAUUUUAAACCCCCCUUCGAUUGCUUUGCUUCGCUUCAGAUGCUUAUUAUGCUGACCAACGCGGAAGUUACGGCCACCACGCGCUACUUGAACGCAUCCGUCGCGCUGACCCGAUACCCAAAAGCGCCCUUUUCUACGUUUGACUUGAUCGUUAAUUUCCUCGAGAAGCUCAACACACUAACGCUUCAGUCGCGCUACUCCGUCCGUACGGGAAUGAUGGAGAACGUACUGUACGAAAGUACGAUUGACCUUUGUGCAUUUCUGCACCGCCCGAACGAGCGCUUCGUGAAGAUGGUUUUUGAUAGCCUCAAGCGGCACGGCCGAGUGCUUACCAGCUGUCCAGUGCAACCUUUGCAGCUCCAUUUCCGCAAUACCACCCUUAACCACGUGCGGCUCCCGGUGUAUCUGCCCCAAACGAACUUUAAGCUGGCGGUGAAGUGCUGGACAGGACCGGAGAAAACACUGAUCUUUGACAGCCGAUGGUACGGUCGACUGAAAAGAGUACCAAUUGACGAUUAAACAAGAUCCAGCAGGCUAUGGUCUUUAUGUCCGAUGCAUUUCAAUCACAAGCAAACGUGAUUGAGAGUGCAGGUAGCGGACACCGGGGUGUAACAUCUUUAAACAUUCGCUCUUAAAUGUCACACGGGGUUUCAAAUUAAACACACGCAAUGCGCAAUCGGAAUAAAACUGUCACUUCGUUUAACGUUACUGUCUAGACUAACUGAACAUGAUCGUUAACAUAGUCUGAAAUGAGUAGGAGGAUCAUUAACGGGGAUUGACCCUAUCAUAUCAUAUCCAAAGUACUUAAAGAUUGUGGUUAAAGUAGCCUGACCCUAUCAUAUAACAUCCAAAGUACUUGAAGAUUUUAAGCACAAUCUAAUAAAAAAUCUAAUGUGAAUUUUAUAGAUCUUGAUCUUGAAGAUCUACAAUAAAAUGUAUACAAGAGCAUACAUUUUUGUACAUGUCGGUGAUGAUUACACUCUUAUCUCUUUCAUGCUACACAACCAAUAGUUUCUAUCUGGAUUGAUGUAACAUUCAGUGCAGAUCUUGUACCGUUAUAUGGCAAGGUACCCUACGAAUGUUCCAUUCCAAUCGGUCUCAACAUGAACUUUGGUAUGAUCACUGCCCAAUUGAUACAGCAAGCGUUUUACGGCCGGACAGGAUUGCAAAUAAAUAUAGUUAUUCUUAUUACCUUUACGGCACUAUUCAAUUAAUCGUCAAGCUUAUCAACUGUACUGAUCGCACAUUUAGGGAGUAUGUUUCCCUGCAUUUAAGCAUCACCGAUAGGCUCAGUGCCGAUAACGCUAUAUUCACAAUAUCAUGUAUAUAGCACAUGCUCGUUCGUAGUCACCAGUCCAAUGUAUUUCUACUAUCGAAGACUGCUGCUCAAUCUGCUCCUAGCUCUUGAUGCAGUAAGAGUGAUCGUAUCCCUAAGCGGUUACAGGCUUACACCCUUCAUAACACACGUGCAACUAACCGACAAUCCAAAGUACAUGAACAUAACAAUAACGAUUACCACCACAGAGGAGGAAAAUCUCAUCGAUAUCGAUAUGAACGUGAUUCAACCGCUUCACAAUCCUCAGGUAAUAUUCGUAAACAUCACUACUGACAAUCGUUACAUACUCUACGUACUCUUCCUCCACUACCAGGCAAUCGUUGUCCUGUUCCUCGAUAUAGCGUCUGGUGCGUUCCAGACACCUUUCUAUAAUCAAACCAUCAACAUCUGCAGUCUGCUGAGACAUCCCGAUAAGCAUCGUCUGCUGCAAAUCGUGUAUCGGGUUAUGAAAAAGCAUGGGAACGUACCCAGCGGAUGUCCCAUCCCGGUGGGUCUUUACAAAUAUCGUGAUAUACACACGGCCCUGGUCCGACUGCCGGCGUUUUUUGGCCGAGCAGACUUUAUGGUGGAAGCAAUCGGGCUCAUCGGUACGGGUAAGGUUCGCACGUUUGAGGGACGCUGCUACGGCCACAUUCGCGGUGUCAAAUGCAGCUCUGCGAGUCGAUGCUGAUUGCUCGAACGCCCGAUGGUAGGCUAUAAAUCAGUAGCUCUCACGAACCAUGUGCAACAAGACUAGAAAUUAAGAAAUGAAUAAAUAAAAUGGUCUACUAAGAGAAUUCUAGCCGCGUUCGAGAGGAAGAUGCUCAGAAGGAUACUUGGCCCCGUAUGUGUGGAAGGACAAUGGAGGAGCCGAUAUAAUGACGAGCUAUACGAGAUGUACGGCGACCUCACUGUCGUACAUCGUAUUAAGCUCGCCAGGCUCCGGUGGGCUGGCCAUGUUGUACGCAUGGAAACGGACGACCCAGCCCGUAAAGUCUUUUUAGGCCGUCCACAAGGACAGAGGAGGCGUGGUAGGCCCAAAUUGAGGUGGCAAGAUGGCGUGGAGGCGUCCGCCAUUAAGGCCGGGAUAACGGACUGGCAGACGAAGGCGCGAGACCGUGAGCGGUUUCGGACACUCCUGAGGCAGGCCAAGACCGCAAAGCGGUUGUAGCGCCGGAUAAGUAAGUAAGUAAGUAACUAAGAGAAUUCAAUAAGCAACCAUUGUUAGAUAUUGCGUUGGAAAUUCAGCUCUUGUAGGCAGCGCAAAUACAUGGUAUUUCUCGUACGGAAUUCUACAUCAAUGGCAUUAGACCACGUCAUCUAGAUCAGAGCGAGAGAUGAUAGAUUGAGAGUUCAAAAGCAAAAAGCUUUGAGACAAGUGUGAAAGUGUUUGAUUAUCAUCUUCUACACAAAUUCAUACAUUAUACAAAUUCUUUUUUUGUAUUUUAAUCUCCUAAUUUGCCUUCAUUUCCCCCAGUUGGAUAAUAACUACUGCAGCAAUAUUACUGCUGAAAUCAAUCAUCACUGAAGGAUUCGUAAUUGUCCAGAAAUUACUGCUAGAACUGCCCGAUAAUCUGGCCGAACGACUACCCCCUGCGAAUUAAAGUAGUACCGUCAAACCAUAGUGUAAUUUCGAACCAAUCCAAUGUCUUUGUUUCAUCGCAGUCUGUUCUAUCUACUCCUAGUGCUCAAUGCAGCCUCUAUGAUCGUGGCCCUGCCUGGGUACAAGCUGACACCAUUUAUUACACGCGUACAAAUGACGAGUAAUUUAAAGUACCUAAACCUUACGGCACAAGUUAAAUCCUCGUCAAAUGAAAACCACAUCGAUAUUGACAUGAAUGUCAUCCAACCGCUUGCAAACCCUCGUGUAAAAUUUAGUCUGACCAGGUGAAAUUUGACCGCACUAACGUGCCCCGAUUUAUCUCCCUUUACCACAGAUAUCCAUUGUCCUCUGGCUUAAUUUAGGAGCUGGUGCGAUUCAAGCACCUUUCUACAACCAAACGAUCAACGUGUGCACCAUCAUCCGCAGCCCGGAAACGCAUCGUCUGGUGCAGAUCGUCUAUCGGGAGAUGAAGCGCCACGGAAACAUGCCGCUCGGUUGCCCGAUAGCGGUCGAUGUCUACAAGUUUCGCAACGUUACCACCGGACAGAUGCGUUUGCCAGCAUUUUUUGGCAGGGCAGACUUCAUGCUGGAUGUCAACGGUUUGCUAGGAAGCGCUAAUAUACGUACGUUCGACAGCCGCUGGUAUGGGUUCAUUAACGGCAUCAAAUGUACCUCAACUAGCCGUUGCUGAACUGGUGCGAACUGAUGAAUCUAUAUAGAUGGAAUCGGGAAUAGAUAAUAAAGAAGCUUCCAACUCCCUACGGGGACCGCCGUUGGGAAGUUCAUAGCAAACAGUUCUCGUGUUUCAAGAGGCUGUGCUAUAGGUAAGUAACCACAAUUCAGUCGAGAGUUGAAAUAGCGACCUUGAGCUAUCAUGGUAGUGUCAUUGCCGUGUGUCUUAAACCUAUGUUGAUUAUUUUUGAUCAUUCAUAGCGGGAUAGUUAAUCGUACGCACUUUCCAUGUGUGGUUUGAACCAAUAACGGGCAUAUUGUUAAGUCGUACGAGUUGACGACUAUACCACAGGAUCGACUCUGGUAAUGAGUAAUGAGCAAUGGUAAUGAGUCUAUUAUAUACCUAAAUCUGUUGGACUUGAAGAGCGAUCUGUUAUCAAGCACUGUUUCACAGUGAUCGAUAAACAAACAUAUCAGCUUCAUCAGGGAAAAACAAAUUUAUACUGAUAAAACUAAUAGUAUCAAUUAGUAUCACAUUUAGCGCUCAUUAUUAUUUAAAAGACGCUUAGUUAAACCUUUAUUUCAAUAUCAUUUGCGGUAGCAUUUUACGGUCUUCUGUCAUCCAUGAAAUGUCGUCAUCCUGCAGCGCGAUUUUACUGGGCAUCUGGGUGUUUGGUUCUCGAAAUGAAAACUCGCAAAAUCAUUAGAAAAUACGUCAAAACAACUCAAUCACCGAUGGUGUAUUAGUACACAUGUUCCCAAAAUUCCACGUGCCAUGUAUUUAAGCGACAAUUAAUUUCACAUUUGCCACGUGCAAGUGCCAUUGUUUUUUCUUCACUAUCACACUCUUUGCACUUUAUAGUUGUUUUGUCCGUUGUAGAUUUUGGUUGUUUCCUUUCGACCCUGUCUGAUGUUGCUGGCGUGUAGAUGGAGCAUUCUCUUACUGUUUCUAUUGACUGGAGCGGCGCUCUCGCCCUUCGUCCGGGCGGACAACUACAUUCUCAUACCCUACUUAAGUAAGCUGGACGUUAUAGCGGACUUGAAGUACAUGGUAACAAACGCCAGCUUACAAAACACAGCCACAGAAAGUCGUAUUAACACGGAGGUAACGGUACUUAAAACGAUGCAAGACCCAUGGGUAAGUGGAGGUGCACCUUGCGUGCUACAUUUCGUCCACUGCCACUGUAUCAAUGUUUGCUUCCUUUCCCGCUAAAUAAAGUUACGAAUCGGGCUGCAGAUCGAUGUUGGCAAAGGGGCACUACUGCAGCCUCCGCUCAACAAUCGCACCUUUAGCCUGUGCAAGUUCCUGGCGAAUCCGAACCUCAACCGGCUGGUGCAGAUAGUGCAUCGGGAGCUGAAGCGUGCGGGCUACAUGCCGAACAAGUGUCCGCUACUACCCCGCCUCUACGCGUACCGUGGCGUCCGUGUGAGUGCGAUGCGUCUGCCGCCCUUUUUCGGUGAGGCGGGUUUCAUUUUCGAUCUCAUGAUUGGGAUAGGGAACGACGUUACCUACGAUUCCAGAUGGUUUGGAGCAUCGAAAAGAAUCAAGUGUACUAAGGCGAUGCGCUGCUAGUGCUAGA